GUUUAUUCCAGCAAAUUCGCGAAUUUACACGUAUUUUUCGAACGAAAGAAUUCUAUUUUUCUAAUUUCUAACAAAGCUGUGCAAAAUGAAGAUUUCAAUGAAGUUUUCUCUUAGCCUGCUGCUGUUGUUGUGCUGUAGCCUUUACCAGGUAUACGCUAGCAUCGGCGCCGAAGCGGCAGCUAUCAACGCCAUCGAUGUGGAUUGCAUUUGCGGCCGCGACUAUUCGCCAGUCUGCGCCUCCGAUUCGUUAACCUACAGCAACCGUUGUUUGUAUGAAUGUGCACGCAACAAGUUGAAGGCCAAGGGCCGCAGUUUGGAGCUGGUGCGUUCGGGAGCUUGCGCUGGCGAGUCACUGGGUAGAAAGCAUUCGGCGGUUGCGGAGCCGCUUGUGGCGGCCGUUGCUGAGGAAGAUAAUGACUUGGAUUCAUGCAUCUGCGAUCGCAGCUUGAAACCGGUUUGCGGCUCAGACAAUCGCACCUACAACAACGCAUGUCUCUUCGAGUGCAAGCGCUCAAUAUUGGCUCGAUUGGGAAAAGUAUUGUCCAUCCUGCGCCAGGGAGCUUGCAAUUGAGUUAGAUUUCGUUGCUGCAUGUCGAAAAUAUUUUAAAAUGUUUACUAAAUAAAUUUCAAUAAAG